GACCAGCAGGGAGUGGCAGGCCCCCACGCGAACCCAACUGGCAAGGUGGGCUGGGGCGGGCCUGGGCAGUUGGGGCCUUGGGGCUCUGCACUGGUUCAGGAUUAUCUCAAACUCACUGCACUAACACCAGAAGUGGGUAUGCAUUUCUGAUCAAAGCUGUUUGCUCUGGAAGUACUGCUGACUUUUAUGGAAGAUUUGAAACUGCUGACUGUGGUAUCGAUUAAUUUGGAUUUCAGUCUACUCAUCUGUGUGCUAGAGAGAUCUUAUUAAUGUAUGUGUGUGUUUAUAUAAAGAAGAAUUACCACUAGACCUUCUGCCCAACUCUCAGAACACAGACUCAGUACCUGCAGAAGCCUUUUACCCUUCUCAUCUGGGAAUGGGUAUAACAUGUCUUCAUUCAGGAAAACCGUAGCAGGGUCUGGGAAAGAUAAGGAGGGAGAUGACUCUGAUAAGAAAGACCGGAAAUCUUGGAACCCUAUGCCUUCAUCAAAUCAGAAAAAGAAAACUAGAUCAGUGGCUUAUGAGGUUUUUGAAGAUGAAAUUAACUCAGAGAAUGCAAAUUUCUAUCUUCCGAACUUUCAAAAUAGUAAAUAUAAGAAUCUUUAUAAAGAGGACACAGAAAGUGAGAGUGAGCCAAGCUCAUGGAUGACCAAUGUCUCCUAUCAAAGAGGCAUUUGGAGCAGUGAGUCUGAAGUGCUUGCAGGAACUUCCCGGAUGUCCAACCCACAGCUUGAAGACAUGCAAAUUGUUACUGAAGUGGAACUAGAUCAGUUGGCUCAGGUUCGACCAUUCAUAUUCACGUCUUAUGAGCAAUCAACCAUCAACGAAUAUAUAAAAACGUUUCAGAAAAAAGUAAUAGAAAGUGAGAUCAACGAGGAGUUUUUGUCUUUAGAAAGUAAGAAUCUGCCUGGUGAGUUCAACUCUGGGAAUGAACCACACAACAGAGAUAAAAACAGAUAUCGGGAUAUUCUUCCAUAUGAUUCAACACGGGUUCCUCUUGGGGAAAACAAGGACUACAUCAAUGCUAGUUAUAUUAGAAUAGUCAAUUCUGAAGAAGAGUAUUUUUAUAUUGCUACCCAAGGACCACUGACAGAAACCAUAGAAGACUUUUGGCAAAUGGUUUUAGAAAAUAACUCUAAUAUUAUUGUCAUGAUAACCAGAGAGACAGAAUGUGGAGUUGUCAAAUGCCAGCGUUACUGGCCCAUUUCUAAGGAAAUGCCAUUGGAAUUGAAAAACUAUCGUAUCUUCCUGGAAAAAUACCAGAUACUUCAAUAUUUCAUCAUUCGACUAUUUCAAGUUGUGAGGAAGCCUACAGGAAAGAGUCAUUCUGUAAAACAAUUGCAAUUCACCAACUGGCCAGACCAUGGCACUCCUGACUCAGUAGAUGGUUUUAUAAAGUAUGUUCGUUACGUGAGGAAGAGCCACCAUACAGGACCCAUGAUUGUUCACUGCAGUGCUGGCGUGGGCCGGACAGGGGUGCUCCUGUGUGUGGAUGUUGUGUUAUGUGCCAUUGAAAAGAACUUUCCAUUUGAUAUCUGGAAUAUUGUGGCCCAGAUGAGAGAACAGCGUCGUGGCAUGAUUCAAACAAAGGAGCAGUAUUGCUUUUGUUUUAAAAUCGUGCUUGAAGUUCUUAAGAAGCUUCAGACUGUCAAGUAAGAAAGGCUUCUAUUGCAUCACACUGGAAAUUACCAUGUGGCUUGGAGCCUCCUCAUAAAGAACAUGUUUAAGCUGUGCUGAAGGGCUUCACUGAUGUGCACAAUGUGCUUUCUUGGUGUAUGAUUUGGUUUUCUUACUGGCAACUCCAUGAGGUAGCAUCAUUUCGUAGGAGUCAGUAGUGUUUACUCAUUGAUCUUAAUAGAUGAUUUCAAAAUACCCUCUCUCAGUAAAACAAAAGUUACAUGAAAAUAAUUGCAACCUUUUUGGUUGAAGGGAUUACAGAACUCAUAAGGACAUAAACUAUAUUCGGUAAGAUGUUAUUUGGAAAGAUGGAUAAAGAGAGCUGGGAUUUCCAGGACCUUACAGUGUCCUUAGUCUGGGACACAUGGGACCAGUGAACUGCAGAAUCAUAUUGUAAUCUCUUACGGAUGUUUUCAAAACAGAUAUUUAUCCAUAUUUUCAAGCUUUUAGCUGGUAUUUGAAUAACUCAGUUCACUAAAGAGUCCAAUUGGGGUGGAUUUCAACUGUCUAUGCUAACUGGAUUUCAUUUCCCUAUGCUGUAGUGCUCUUAGGGGGCCCUUGGGGCCUCAGAGGAUGAACUGCCUUUCUAGAGGAGCUGGGCAGGGACCUGUUGGUCUGGGAAGCAUUUCAUGGGUGGACAGUGUUCAUCCUCUCCAUCACAUGAGUGCACUGUGGACAGUCCAAAACUAAAAUAGAUGUUUAUAUAGAAAGUCCAAGAGGAAAUUUUUGCCUGGCUUGUGUUCUUUCCUAUCCCACCCUGACACUUAACAUAUUAGUCAGUCUGCUUUGUUAAAAGUAAAUAUUCCAUUUUACUUGACUCUUACUCUCUGCCCUAUAACCAGUGAACUUUGAUAUAUGCAUUGUUACAUACUUUUGAGUAUCUCUUACACCAGGUAUAUAUUUUAAACUAAGAUCUAGAAUAGUUAUUUUUUUUUCUUCAGAGUUCCAUUAAAUCAUCUUUUUCCAUUACUGCCUUACCUCCCUCUGCUGUAAAAUUUAGAAGUUGGCUUUGGGAACCAGAUUUUGGAAAACUAAAUUCAUAGUUUUGAAAAUAAAAAGUUUCAUAUUCUAUUUUCUAAAAUAUUUUAAUAUUUAAUAUAUGCAUCUUAUUAACAUUGCAGUUACAGUGGAAUUUUGGUGAUCAGUUAUACUUGAUGAUCUGUAAAGCAAUUCACCUUUGUUCAGUGUAAUUCAGUGGAGAUCAGAAUUUUCUAUGUAUUAAUAUUGAAAAAACGUUCUAAUAUUAAUCUGUAAAUCUUCAAUUUUUUCACUUUGAGAGGCUUAUUUUAUUCCCUUGGUUGAAGAAAUACUUGAAUUGAUUGAAUAAUAAUUGAUAAUUCUCAUUUUAAAAAUAAUUAUAUGCCAAAGGUGUA